AUAAAUCUGUAACCAGCUUUGCGAAUGACCGACCAAACAAAAAAGCUUAUCAAUUAAAUUAAGCGUCACAUGUACUUCUUAAAGAAAUAACUUUUUUUUGUUCAAAUAGUUUAAUAGUUGAUGAUGAGAGCGUUGUUGUUCAGAACAUUGUUGGUACUCCUCUCGGUAUCCGUCAAUUCGGAACGUAAAUUACAAGGUGCUCGUUACGCUCGUUACAGGGAGUUCUUGUACAUCGUGAGUAUCCAAGACAAGCUGACCAAGAUUCACCGAUGCGCCGGUGUUUUGGUGACCCUGAAACACGUCAUGACGGCUGGCCAGUGCAUCGUCAAUUUCGACGAGAAAGUCGGAAUCUCUCUCCGCGAUCACAGAAACUCUAUCGUGUACGGGGUCAGCCGGUUUACGAAAGAGAUCGAGACAGGAGUUUAUCGUUACGUCCUCAGUUGGCACGCCCAUCCCAAGUUGUCUUUCGUCCAGGACUCGUACUGGAGCAACGACGUCGGCAUAGUGGCGUUGUCAAGCGGCCUGUCCGAUGAUGUGGCGAGCCCGGUGAACAUCGAGAUCGCAGAAACGACGACAACCGAGGCGUACACCCAGUCGAAUUCGACCGAGGACUACAUAACGCAUGCGACGACAGUGGCGACGACGUUGGCCGCUCCCCAGUCGUGCAAGGUGAUCGGAUGGGGAUGGGACAGGUACAACUGGCAUAUGGAAAAGGACGACAACACCGAGUAUAUAUUCCAACUGAAGGUGGUUGAGGUCAAGCUGCUGAAUCGCGACGAGUGCGAGAUUAAAAUACGAGGCAUAAAGCCGUUGUUCACUUUCUUCAACCUCAGCAUCUUGGAAGCGUCCUGCGCCGAACCCAUGUAUACGCUGAACAACACGUGUUUCGGUGAACCGGGCGCCCCCAUCAUCUGCGACGACUUCCUCGUCGGUCUGUCGAGCUGGUUCGUCGGCUGCGGAAGCCACCCCGGCCCUCUCGUCUACUCCGGUAAACUUCCCAUUCUAGAUUUUUACAUCAACUACGGUUUCGAUGUGCAAUUCAAUUCCGUUCUACCAACACCGACAUGCACCAUGCUGUUUCCCCUUCUCGCACUAAUUGUCAUAUUUUGGCUAAAAUAAAUAAACGAUUAUCAGAUGAUAACAAUCGAAUUAAUCAAAAACCGACUCAUGUAACAAACACAUUCAUUUACUUCUUCAAACAUAACUGUCUUUUGUUUUCAUAAUUAUUUAAUAUGUAAUGUAUACAAAAUAUACAACAAGCAAAUGUGGUACAUGAAAAGAUACUAAUACUCCCAGUGGAGUACGGUUACUAUUUUCGGGGACAUAGAAGAUGUUUAGCUUAGCGUGGAAAGCGUGAUUGUUUACAUUUGCCCUAUUAUACUAAGGACCUUGGAUCGCUAGUAUUGGUUGUAAUGGAAGUAGGAGAUCUUUGAUGCACUAUAAGGUCGUAGUCCAACAGUGCUUUUUUUAAGUUUUUUUAAAAUUUUGUACAGAAGACUCAUCUUGUACCUACUCCCUUUUAGCCCUCUCCGUCUCUGCCUCGAUACAAUUCUACUUAGCUUACACGGUUUGUCGUGGGACUACGAAUAUUGUCCAAUUAGAGGAAAAUCUGUUUAAAGUGAAGACUGUAUGGUGGGAUUUGUUUUCAUUAACCUUGCUUUUUAGCGUGAAGUCAUGUUUCCAGGAUGUGGGGUGUGGGAGCGAGAGGGUUGCUAUGAAAGGAUCGGUGUUAGGAAAGAGUUAAGGUGAAGCGGUUUAUAGAGUGUAUAGGGCUAUUGCCAGAAUUGAAGAACGCCAACGUAUAGGAUAAAUGGUAGGUGUAGAGAACCUUGGACUACAUGAAAAUGAGGGGCGUAUAAGUAGCAUUUAAGAAUGAGGUAAUAAGUAGAAGGAAGUCUUAAGUUUUCACAGCAGGCUGUAAUGAAAUUUGUGGUAAAUAAACUCCAUCAUCUAGGUCAUUUAUUGAUUUUGAAGAGCCCAUUUCCGUUUUAUUAAAAGGAUUUUUUCGUUCCGCCCUUAUAGGGCAGACUGGGAAAAAGGCCGAAUAUCUGGUAUUUAUUAGAUGACCCUAAGAGAGUAUAGAUCAGGAGUUGGUAUCUACGGAAAUAAGCCAAAAACAUAUGCACUGGGAAUAUACCACUAUCUUUCAGUUUUUGGCUAUUGUACUCUGUUUUAUUACCUAUUAUAAAAAGAGAAGAUAUAUUAUAAAAGAAUAGCCUUCUACUCGGACAGCCAAGGGACACUUGGUACUCUUGGUAAGUCUCAUUGGUAGUAAAACCCAAAUCGUAUGAGAUACAUUGGAGACAAAAAAAAAUUAUCUUAGACUGAGUACCACAUAUUGACCAAGGAAAGGACGAUGAGGCCGCCUGUACCAAAUUGCAAAAACUAACUCCAUCAGACAACUGGUUAAGAAUAAUGCAUCGGUUCACUGCGAUUGCAUUCCAGGAAAGAAUGUGAUCUAUUAUUAAAGGACCAUCUCAGAGACUAACUAAACCUAAGACAGUUAGGAAUAGAUUGAUAGUUGGACGGCUGACCGUACACUGCAGACUUUGGAGGCAUAUAUAAAGAAUCGCAGCGUAAAGAAGCCAGUUCAAAUACUGCCAGGAAGAAGAAGAAACAGUGAACGUCUUUUGUUGGUGCGAAGGCCUACGCAGGCUGAGAAAUCCUAAGAGAGGAAAAGGCCAGGACUGAAGGAUACACCGGAGUCCUUGACAAAGGUUUGGGAUCUGAUAAAAAGCUUUAAGCAUAGCAAAAAUCUCUAAAUAAUAAUGGAGAGUGCACAAUAGAUCAAUACUAGUCGCAGUGCGUAAGGUAGAAAGACGCCAUAUUCUUUUAACCUUAACCAUAACCUUGGUUCUAGCCCCCGCUGAGCGAUAAAAAAUACAAUUGCAUUAUAUUGCUAUUUUUUGUCUUUUGGAGUAGGCUGAUACGUACAGUUGGAGACAAUUCUAGUUAAUCUCUCCGCAGCAGAGUGGAACCCCUUCCGGCUUGAUUGACCAUUGCUGUACGAUGUGAGGUCUUAGAGGUCUGUCCAACAACUCAUCUCUACAAUCCCCAGUUUUCCAUUUUGAUUUGUAGGAUUUUCAAAGAUACCAAUUAAAUUAUUUUAAUUCCCUGUUUAGAUUUAUAUUAACCCUCCACAACAUGAUUUUUCCUUCACUUUUCUUACAGGUCGGACGCUUUAGCAAAAUCGUAGCAGGGUAUUGCGUAAAGGUGCGGUAAGGUUAAAUAAAAAAUCAGAAUAAAGGAAAAAUUCCUCUUCCUUUUCUUCCACCCCUUUAGUUUGACUUUCCGAUCGUCCUGGUCCGUCGAGGCUCGCUGUUUUUUAUGUUGAAAUUUCGCUACGGUAUUUUACCACCAAAGCUUACAAUUGAUUCCAAAAAUCCAAAAAAAGGCGAAAUGCAUGUGGCAGACAAAAUACCAAGGGCAAAUAAGCAAGCUAAGAAUUCACAAUCCCAUUGACCACAAGAAGAAAUAUAACAUUUUGUACCUAUUUCUAAUUUUAUAAGCUUCGUAAGGCUGUUUAUAAUUUAUCAAAAGAAGUAUAUAUCGAAAGAACUAUAUCAAUGAUCUUAAUACCAUAGUCGACUGGGGUGUAGGGCACAGUCCUUGCCAUACACCAUGGCUUGGCAUUGGUAUGAUCUCGCCUAAAUUACACAGACAUACUGCACAGAAUUGUUUUAAGAAAACCAGGAUUAGAAAAGGAGUACGAAUUCUUCGAUCGAUCGCAAUAAUAGUACUGGACUAAUUUUUCGACGUACUGGCAGAUGGGGUACUAUAGAAUCCAUCCAAAUAAUAUAGAUCUGUUUCAAUAUGACGUUUAUAGCAAAGGGGCAAAAUACUUCAAGGUGUAGUUAUUUUCAACAAGACAGUUAACACGCCGGUACGGUGAAGCACCUUAGGCAGAGGUCAACGGUUUGGCAAAGGUGCCACGAAAUAUUUUCGACUGGCCCAUGUUCUCAAGCAGAUGGAUUGGUGGGGACCUCGGAUCGAGGUAGGGGCGACAAAAUGGAUAUAGAAGUGGAAAGUGGAAACGUAUGCUUGUGCAGAGAUUAAAUUGCACGGACCACUUGACGCAAUUAGCCACUUCCUUUCAUGCCGUUCUGGAACACUUGGAAAUCGCCAUUAUGCCUAUUACUGCAAAGCAUUCCAUCGAAAGAUCAAUCCGUUUUUCCCUCAAAGGUGGGGACCCAUAUACUGUUUUUUUUAAAGCAAGAAGUGUAAAAUUAUAUAUAAGAAUCUUUAACUAACAGUAAGUAACACCACACUCAUUUAUUUCAAUCAUCAAACAUCGGUAAUUUAUCCGUAUUAAUUAUGAUAUGGGUAUAUGGUAAGGACGCAUAUCAUUGUUGAUUAUCGAUGAAAAUAAGUGCUCAAGGAAGGUAACUUCAGAAAAAUCUUCCUCAAAACAUUGUGUUAUUUGUUUAAAAAAUGCUUUGACUGUGUUUUUUACAAACUUGUAUUCGUCAACAAGCAAUUGCUUUUGCAACGGGCGACUCGCCUUAUUUUUAAAACUUAACGACACAGAGUAAAUCACGUCCAACAUUUUAAGAAAUGACUCACGCCAAAAUAUGUACGGAGAAACAACUCACGAGAACUUUUCACCUUGAUAUCACGGAACAUUAAGCAUCUUUCUACGAUUGUUGACAAGAAAGUCGUCUAUUAAACCAUUGCCAAUAUGCCAAACAUAGUUUUAAAAAAAUUAGAAGAAAUAUUGUUUUGGUUUUAACUCCAUUAUUAAUUUUGGACAGUUGGAAAUUAAAACAAGACAACUUAAUAGAAGUUUUGGUAUAAGAUGUUUCAUGAUGAUAGCGAUGAUGUAUGAUUUAUCGUUUUAUUCUUUUGUUGUAA